GAUGUAGUCAAGAUGAAAGGCUUCGUGGUUUUAGUAGCUCUGUUCGCUGUAGUUAGUGCUAAAUGGAUCGACAUCGACUGGUCCAAGGUUCGCCCGAUCGAGGAGUUCGAUCACUACUGGGCUCGUCUACCGGCGGAGAUGCAGAUCUACCGUCACGCUAGCCCAUCGCCGCGUAUCGUUGGAGGCCAGGAGGCGACCCCAGGACAGUUCCCGUAUCAGGUUGCGCUGGUGGGCGAAUACGCCUUGGGAACUGGCGUGUGCGGAGGAUCUAUUUUGACCAACCUCUACGUUCUUACCGCUGCUCACUGUAUCGUCGAGGGACCAUUGAAUGAACCGAUCAUCGGAGGUAUUGCUGUCAUAGGCGCCCAUAACCGUAUUGAGGCAGAGCCAUCCCAGCAGCGUAUCCCAUAUGAACCGUCUGGAAUUGUAGCUCACCCGGAGUAUACCCUGACGAACAUUCGCAAUGAUAUUGGCGUCGUCCGCCUGAACUCGCCAAUCGAAUUCAACGAUCGUGUGCAACCCGUUCGUCUACCGGCUCGUUCGGAUGAUCGUCAAUUCGGAGGAUUCAUUGGCACUGUUUCUGGAUUCGGACUUACCGCAGACGGUGGAACCCUUCCGGAUGUUUUGAUGUAUACCUCCAAUCCGGUGCUUACGAAUGCUGACUGCACUUCCCAGUGGAAUUCCGAUCUGAUUGAGCCCCAAAACGUGUGUCUGAGUGGUGCAGGUGGUCGUAAUGCUUGCAACAGUGACUCUGGUGGUCCGCUGACUGUACAGGAUGGAGGCAGUCUUCAGAUCGGUGUGGUGUCCUUUGGAUCGGGUCAAGGCUGUGAGAUCAACGUACCGUCAGUAUAUGCUCGUGUUACUUACUAUUUAGAAUGGAUUGAGGCAAAUUCUGACUUUGUGGCCAAUUCUUAAUUUGGAGAUUGGAAAGGGAAAGGGCACCUUUGUGCUUCCGAUAAGUCAUGGAGAUUCAUGCAGAAGUGAAGAAGUC